GGUUUGACGUGUGCGAGUGCACAUGGUGCGGCGGCGGCGGCGGCGGGCGGAUAAUAAGCGAGCGCGGCCGGGGCGAUGCCAUUGCUCUGAGUCACCGCGGGCGCGCGGAGCUCCCGCUCGCAGCGCCGCCGAGCCGCGGGGCGCAAGACCCGGCUGAGUCACCCCGCGCCGGGAAAAGGGGCGGCCGGUGUGUGGUGGUGGUGGAGGAGGAGGUUGGGGGGCGGAGGAGAACCGCUCCGCCUGCAGCCCCCGGGCCCGGAGCCGCUCCGCCGGCGGGGCGAGUUUUGCCGGGCAGCGCGGAGAGAGGACAUCGGCGAGCGCCCGCUUGCGCGCACGGCUCUGCUCCCGCCGCGCCGCCGAGUCCUGCCGUCCCGUCCCGUCCCGCAGGCGCUCGGCUGCCAACUGAGCCACUUUUAUAAUCAUUGUUAUUAUUUUUAUUUUUGUUAUCUCUUUAUUUUAAAAUUUUUUUCUUUUUUUUUUAACCUUCCCUCCCCCCCCACUUUCUUCCUCGUCUCCAAAGCCGUUUUUAUUAUUUUUGUCCCUCUCCGCGGCAAGCGUUGGGAGGCGAAAGGCAAGAGCCGAAGAGGUCGGGAGGGAGAAGGGGGCGGGGAGACGACGAGGGAGCGGCGGGUGUCGGUGUGGGAAGGCGGGGACGCGGCUCCCCCGGCCCGACCUCGGACCAUGUACCAGGACUACCCCGGGAACUUCGACACCUCCUCCAGAGGCAGCAGCGGCUCCCCGGGACACCCCGAGACCUACUCGAGCGGCGCAGCCCAGCAGAAAUUUCGAGUAGAUAUGCCAGGAUCAGGCAGUGCUUUUAUCCCUACGAUCAACGCCAUCACAACCAGCCAAGACCUGCAGUGGAUGGUGCAGCCCACCGUCAUCACCUCCAUGUCAAGCCCUUACUCCCGUUCGCACCCCUACAGCCACCCGCUGCCCCCGCUGUCCUCAGUGGCCGGACACACGGCUCUACAGCGUCCUGGUGUCAUCAAAACCAUUGGGACCACCGUGGGACGGAGACGGAGAGAUGAGCAGCUGUCGCCUGAGGAAGAAGAGAAGCGAAGGAUCCGGAGAGAGAGGAACAAGCUGGCAGCUGCUAAGUGUCGUAACAGGCGUCGAGAGCUAACAGAGAAACUCCAGGCGGAAACUGAAGUACUGGAGGAGGAGAAGUCAGUGCUGCAAAAGGAGAUCGCUGAGCUCCAGAAGGAGAAGGAGAAGCUGGAGUUUAUGCUGGUGGCUCACAGCCCUGUGUGCAAAAUCAGCCCUGAGGAACGUCGCAGCCCACCAUCCAGCAGCCUCCAGAGCAUUCGGACUGGAGCAAGUGGAGCCGUGGUGGUGAAGCAGGAGCCUGUGGAGGAAGAGAUCCCAUCUUCCUCUUUGGUCCUUGACAAAGCCCAGAGGUCUGUCAUUAAGCCCAUCAGCAUUGCUGGAGGUUUUUAUGGGGAGGAGGCACUCAACACUCCCAUUGUGGUGACCUCAACACCAGCCAUCACUCCUGGCUCUUCCAACUUGGUGUUCACCUACCCCAACGUGUUGGAUCAGGAGUCUCCUCUCUCCCCUUCUGAGUCCUGCUCCAAAGCUCACCGGAGGAGCAGCAGCAGUGGGGACCAGUCCUCAGAUUCCUUGAACUCUCCCACCUUGCUGGCGUUGUAAUCUCCCUGCAGCCCCCCAUUUUGCCAGUGUGUUACAUCCCCCACAGCACCAUGGGGGGAGCCCCCUCCAUGGGAUUAGAGACAGGCACAGGAUCGUUCAAGCACAAGGGCAGCAAGAACAAGGAUGGGGAAGUGCUACAGCUCCAGGAAGGAGAGUGAGGACCAACGCCAGCUCCCUGGAGGCAGGAAACGGCAAGGGUGGGACUGACACGCCAGGGUUGUUUGGAGAGGGUGAUGUCCGCUCUGUAGGGACUGCCUGUGGAAACCUCUUUGUGGCCGUAGUGGACCUGGGGAGCGCUCCUGGCCAGGACUGAAGGCGAGCUGCAGACAGUUGCUAGUCGUCCCUUUCCUUUGUGGAUUGACUUGAGCGGUUGUGCUCUGUGCUUAAAUCAUUCUGGGUAGUUGAUCUUACAACUUCUCUCUUGCGUGCUCGCUCUCUCUCUCUCUCUCUUUGCAUAUAAUUUCCAAUGUUGUCAAUCCCAUUACAUUUCACUCAGUUGCUCUGAACUCUAAAGUCUAAUUAGGAUCUUUGCUCUUGGGAAUAGCUGUGGGAAACAUGUAGGGUUGCCCGGACAGGAGGAUGACAGCUGGGAGGACCAGGAGAUAAGGGGGACCAAGAGGAGCCCAAGAGCUCAGCAGCAAGGGCAGAGCUUGUAGUCUCUAGCCUGAGGCACAGAGACAGCAGAAGUCUCAUGAUGAAACCUUUCUUUUAAAAAAUGUGGGUAUAUUUAUCCCCUUGGGCUCCUCGAAAAACCAAGUUAGCAUCUCAGGGCCAAAGCAGCAUCAGAAAAGCUGCUGGUCUGGCACUUACCAGUCACUGGCAGGGUUUCACCCUAGUUUGCUGGAUAUCAAGUCUGCUGCUUGUUGUUUACUUUUCCUGGGCUGCCUGCUGUCUAGGGAGUAUUACAUCUUCCUUCCCAUCAGGGCUCCUGACUCAGAGGCUGAUCUCUUCCUGUUAGUAAAUCUUCCCCUCCCCUUGGCCAUAUUUGCAGAACAUGGUACAAAAAAAAAGAGGUGGCACCACAUGCCUAUAAAUCUAGGAUGGAGACUGGCAGCAGCUGAGACAGUGAAAUUAGCUGGCUGUACCCUUGCUGAUUUUUUCAUUGUUGGGAAACAAAGCAGCACAUAUCUACCAGCACAGCACAGGCCACAAGGCCCCAGUUCCUGACCAGGCAGGAAUGGCAUGGAUAAAGUGUUGACCUGUUUGAACUAAAACAGAGCUUCUGACAAGCUCUGGCAAAUGACAGAUUGACAGCUGAGGAAAAUCAAUUAGCAUUAUUUGCACCUUGGUCUUUGGCCUCUGUUUUUUUUUAUGUUUUCUUUGCAGACUGAUCUCUUGUUGUGGUUGAUUGGCCUGAAGACAAAGAAUCAAACCAAAGGGCUCUUUCCCUAGUCUUGGGUCCUUCUGUAGCCUAUGGGCUUGACUGCUACUACUAAGUGCUCAGAGAGGGUGCAAGCUCUCCAGUGCUCAUGUUCACUACUGAAAACAGUAAUGUGUGUAAUCUAUUUCCACUUGGAGCCAAGCUCAAUUCCAGUUGAUAUCACAGUACUGGCAAACCAUGACCCUGUGCACACUAGGAUUGCCCAGCUUGCCAGCUAAACCACUUAGGAGAUAUCUCUUUGGUCCUGCCUACUGAAGCUGUGGUGGCAGCUAUUUAUUUUUAUUUAGUUUGUCUUUUUCUUUUAUAGACACACACACAUAUAUAUAUAUAAAAAUUCUUUUUUUUUUUAAUCAUCUGAAACUGUGGCGUUUCUUCAGGCUGGACCUGGAGAAAUGCAGCAUACAAUUAUACAAUUAUAGGGCUAGUCAUAUGAGAUGCAAAACUGCUGCAGUCCCCAGCAACUCCACUGGGAAUUAAUAGGUUGCAGUCUUGUGGAACUGGGACUUUACUCAGCAGGGCUAACUUCCCUCAAACUCUGGCCACUGCCCAUUCCUUGAAUCCAUUCAAUGGGGACACUAUUCUGGCUCUAAAGGUGGACUUUGGCUUUUUUAUUAUAACUAUUAUUUUUAACCCAAGUAUUUACCAAACCUGCCAGAAAUAUGUGAGGGAUCCUUUUGCUUCAUAAAGCUGAAGGAUUCAGGCUCUUUCUAUAUUGCUUAAACACAUCCAUUUUGAUAUUGGUGCUAGAGGUUUCAAAUGGAGCUCACACAGUAAGUAAAAUUAGUAAAGGAGUUGUAUUGUCCUUACAUGUACAUCAAAACUUCCUUUCUAAUAAAGUAGAUAUUAAAUUUCCCAUAGUUAGCACAAAGGAUCCACUUUUCCUAGAGUUUUACGUAGAUGAGAUCACUUUAGGUGAAACUCCAGCUUCUCUUUUUGAUUUUUACAAAUGCUUGUUUGGGCCACUCUGGACUGAGAAUCUAAAACUGUUAAUAAAACAUCUCUACAUGUCAUUUCCACACAUUUUUGAGGAGAACAACACUGACAAGUGGUGGGUGAGCUUUAAAAUGAUGCAACUACUUUUGAGGCUAGCUGACCAGGAUUCCUGUGAGAUCAGGAACAUCUACCUCUUGUAGGGGUUUCAAGAAGUCAGGUGUCUCCUCAGAUCUAACUGGUGGAAAAACAAAAACUUACCUUUGCUUCUGGUCACUGAAUCAUUGCCAAAAGGAGCUGCAGCUGGUCCUUGUCCACUGCCCUCCUGCCUGGUCAUUGACCUGCUCAGAGACAGAACAAGAUGCUUCCUUUCCUGACCUGUGAUACUGAUGGGAGCCAUGUGAAACUCUUCAAAAAAGAGUAUUAUUUUCCACUGUUUGGAAAAAGCCCCAGAUACCUUGUGCCUGUCUGUUUUCUCCCUGAAGUCUCUCAAAAAAUAUCUGUGUUGGGAUUGGUGGUCUCCAGCCUUUUGUGUUUUGUGGAUCAGCCUUAACUUUUGUUUAGUUUCUGGCAGGCGGGUACAACUCCCAUUUUGGUCUGGCCCUACAUUAUUCUUUCAAUGUUUUCUGGUGUGCUCUUUGGGAACUGAUUGUCCUUCCCAUGCCCAAAAUGUUAUUUUCCAUGAGUACCUUCCCUGCUGAUUCCUAAAUGUAGUGUCUCCAUGUUCUGCAUGUAGUGGGGAUAUGGGAGCUGUUGUACCUAGUGCUGACAGAGUUGUGGAAUUCCUUGGAAAAAGGCCCAGGGAAUUUCAGCUGAUAUUGGGUCAGCCCCCUGGUGACUGGCCCAACAAAGCCUCUCUUAACAUCCUAAAUUAAUCAGCGCCAAACUGGGAGGAGUAGUAACAGCUGUACUGAAGGAAAUAUUCAGCUUCUAGGUGAUGUUUGCCAUUCUGGUUUUGCCUUCAUUCCUCCUUCUCCUUUCCCAGUUGUGGCACUGCCUUCAUAUAUUCCUUUCUUGUAGAUGUGGAGACUGCGUAAGUCUCAAUCCACUUGUGGUGUGAUGGGAUUUGGGACCAACAUGCUGGGGACAGUAGCUCUCUGUUGUGUUUUUAUAAUUAUUAUUUAAAUGAUCUAUUUAGUUCAUCUGAACCUUUAAUUUUGCUGCUUACUGUAUGUAGGAUCCACCUGGCCUUCAUCCUAAAUGAAAAGAAAAAAACAAAAUGAAAACAAACGUAAGACACCUCCCUUCUCCCUGGUCUCUUAUUAUUUAUUGGCAGGCAGCCGUCUUGUGCCUGCUCCAGCAGAUCUGCCCGCCAUUAAUUUAACAUCCACCCAAAUCACAUUCCUGGUGUUUGGUUAUUGCUUUUUUUUUUUCCCUUUUUGGUUGUUGCUUUUUUCAUUUUAAAACAGACUUCUGAAAUGUAAGAAAUCUUAUUAUCGUGAUACAAGAUCAUUUUCAUUAGGAAGGCCAAGUCAAACAUUUUAAGAGGUGGGGGGAACAAUAUACAUUUAUUUCUUAUUUAUUUAUCAUGUUUACAUCUUUUGUUUUUCUGUUCAAGACUUGGAUAUAAUAAAGAAAGCAUUAAAAAUACUACAAUCUUCUUUUUUUAGGCUAAUAUUUUUUUUUGAUUCUUUAAAUAAAAUAAUCUGAGUUUUGUUGUUGUCUGUAUAAAAUGUAAAAAGAGAUAUGUUUUUAAAGAUGCAUUAUCAUUGCUUUGUGAACAGUAGGUGGAGUUCAGGACAAAUCUCAGAGUACAAGAUAAUAAUAAAACCCAAUCCUGUUUUACUUAAUUGUUUCCCUCCUAUCCUGUAUGAUUAAAGGGUUAUUCCACUUUCUUGUUUGUGGUUAUUUGAUGUUAAAACCAUAUUAAAAUGUGUAGGAAAUAGGUAUCCAAUUGUUUUUGCUCAGUGAGAGGAUAAACUGUUGUAUAUAUCUUGAUAUACUGUGUAGUUCAAAGUAACAUCAGUAAGGGAUAGUGCAUCUUUAUUAGAGAGAUAAGUUACUAGUGUCACUAAAGUCUGCUUUAAGAUCCUCAGAUACAGAAAGGGCCUGGUUCUGAUUCCACUCACGUGGCACAAACUGAAAGCAUCAGCAGCCUUUUGCUGUUGUGAAGCAGGUGUCAGUAGUGAAAUGAAGUCUCAGUGACUAACAGGUGACCAUGAGGAUUGUUGAAGGUUUGGGGGCGCCAUUAUCUUUUUUUCCUCAGAAGCUUUAGAUCAUGGGUUUUCUUUUUUACUGUCUGUCUGCAGUGAAACAGUUUCUGCCACAUAGGUUCCUAAAGAUGACUGCUGAAGUGGGACCUUUCUUUGCUCGUAGUGGUCUUGAUGUCGUUCUUGCAGUCCUGGGGAAUUUCAGCCCUGAGGCAUUCUCUCUGGUAUUGUCUCUUUUCUUUUCUUGUUAUUUUACUGAAUUACAGGCCUACAAUAUUUGCACUAAAACAAAAAGCUUGUUUAGAGAAAGCUUGCUGCUACAAAAGAAAGAACGUAUUAAAAUGGUUUUGCUUUUACAAUUUUAACAGAGUAGCAUUUUGUAGAAUAAAAUCAAUCUAGACUGAAAAGAAAAAAUGACUUUUCUUUUUUCCUCUGCACCUUCUCCCCCCACACUCCUUUCUUUUCAUCCAAUUCCUCAGUGGUAUGAUGUUCCCCCCUUCUCUUUUGGUGCUCAGUUGUAAUGAUUGGCUGUAUUGUUGACUAUGCUGCUGAGAGUUAUGACACUUGUAAAUCUCGUUUUAAUGACGUUGUGGACACUUUUGUAUAGCAAGAACUAACUGGAGUUCUCUCUGUUAAUUGAAGUCAUUAAAAA